AUGGUUAGUGUAAUUGAGGAAGUCAAUAUGAUUGAGGAAGUCAAUAUAAUUAAGGAAGUCAAUAUGAUUGAGGAAGUCGAUGUGAUUGAAGAAGCCGAUAUGAUUGAGAAAGUUGAUGCUAAUCAUAUCGAACACGCUAGCAAAGCUAAAGAAAUGACUCCUGAACAAGUUGAACAUUGGAUACAAUUUUCAGAUUGUGUUUUAAAUGAUGUUAUUCAUAAAAUGAAUCAUUAUGAUAUGGUGUUAUCAAUGUUUGUAAGAUUUAAUCGAAAUCGGUAUAAUAUUCUUUUUGCACAAGCUCUUCUCCCAGACGAAAGUACAGAAUCUUACGUUUGGAUGUUUGAAGAGAUAUUAAAGGCAACUAAUAAACAACUAGUAGUCAUAAUAUUGGAUGCUGAUUCUGUGGUAGACUCUGCAGUACAUCAAGAAACAUUUGAAAGAAGAUUUGAAAAUAUCCGUCAAAAUUUUUCUGAUGCUAGUUCAUAUUUGGAAGUAUUAUAUCGCAACAAGUUAUUACACAGCUCAAACGUUUCUUUACGUGAAUUAAUGGGUGAAAUCUAUCAACUUUUAGACUUGCAAGAUAAAAAAGAGGAAUAUAAUUUUUGGAAAUUAGCAAUUUCUUGUAUUAGAAGUCAAGAAAAAACAAAUUUUUUAUUUAAAAAAAUUGAUAAGUGUCUUGAAAGGAUUCUUACACCUAUAAUGUUACAAAAACAACACAAUGAAAUCAAUCAGACAGUUUAUUAUGAAGCUAAUAAGCUUCUAAAUGAUGAUAUCGAGGUUUAUGGAGAAUUAUAUAGUGUUUACAAGAAGGCUCUUAAUAAAGCUUUAACAAGCCGAUCAAAUUCACAACUACUUAUUAACCUGUUAAAAGAAUUUACAGACAAUAUUGAUGAAUCAUCUGAAAACUCAUCCAAGAAUGAAACUAAUAGUAAUAAAGAAAAUAGGGAGUUUGUAUUGCAGAAUUCUAAAAAAAG